UCUCCCAGCGCCUGCUGAGCUGAGACCACAGACAGCGAGGCAGGCAGGCGGGGCGAGCAUGGCCAGGGCAGCGGCUGCUCUGCUGUCCCUUGUCCUGCAGCUCACAGGCCUGGCACUGGCCCCGGCGACGGGCAGGGGUGGGGCUGUCCCCAGGGAGCCCCCCGGGCUUGCUGACAUCCAUGACUACCAGCCGCAGGCACAGCUCCACAUUCCUUCUCCUGCUGGGGGCCCCUGGGAGCGGCGGCACCCCCUGGAGGAGCGGCUGGGCAGACUGGAGGCUGAGAUGACGGAGCUCAGAGACCAGAACAAAGACCUGCAGGGGAGGGUGAGGCAGCUGGAGUCCUGUGAAUGCCACCCAGCUCCUCCCCAGUGCUGGGGGCUGGGGCGGGCCUGGCCCGAGGGGGCUCACUGGGAGCCAGAUGCCUGCACAUCCUGCAUCUGCCAGGACGGGGUUGCACGCUGUGACCCCAAGCCCGGCCUGCCCUACUGCCGUGGCUGCAGCCACGAUGGUCAGGCCUAUGGCAAUGGGGAGACCUUCUCCAUAGACGCCUGCACCACCUGUCGCUGCCUGGAAGGAGCCAUUACCUGCACUCAGAAGCCAUGCCCCAGAGGACCCUGCCCGGAGCCGGGGGCCUGCUGCCCGCACUGCGAGCCAGGCUGUGAGUAUGAGGGGCAGCUUUAUGAGGAGGGGGCCAACUUCCUGUCCAGUUCCAACCCUUGUCUCCAAUGCUCCUGCCUGAGGAGCCUGGUUCGCUGUGUGCCCGUGGAGUGCCCGCCCAUCCCCUGUCCUGAGCCUGUCCUGAGGCCUGGACAGUGCUGCCCGACCUGCCAAGCCCAAGGCUGCACAGAAGGUGGUUCUUACCAGGAGCAUGGCCAAGAGUGGACCACACCUGGGGACCCCUGUCGGAUCUGCCAGUGCCGGGAGGGCCACAUCCAGUGCCGCCAGCGAGAAUGUGCCAGCCUGUGCCCAUACCCUGCCCGGCCCCUCCCGGGCACCUGCUGCCCCGUGUGCGAUGGCUGUUUCCUAAAUGGGCGGGAGUACCGCAGCGGGGAGCCCGUGGGCUCUGGGGACUCCUGCUCGCACUGCCGUUGUGCUAACGGGAGUGUCCAGUGUGAGCCUGUGCCCUGCCCGCCCACGCCCUGCAGACACCCAGGCAGGAUCCCCGGGGAGUGCUGCCCAGCCUGUGACAGCUGCGAGUACCAGGGACACCAGUAUCAGAGCCAGGAGACCUUCAGCCUCCAAGAGAGGGGCCGCUGUGUCCGCUGCUCCUGCCAGACCGGCGAGGUCUCCUGUGAGGAGCAGGAGUGCCCAGUCGUCCCCUGCACCCUUCCUGACUCUGGCCCUCAGCUCUGCCCAGCCUGCGUGCUUGAUGGAGAGGAGUUUCCUGAGGGGGUCCAGUGGGAGCCUGAUGGUCAGCCCUGCACCGCCUGCUCCUGUCAAGCUGGGGUGCCUGUGUGUGGGGCUUUGCUAUGCUCCCCGGCCCCCUGCGAGCACCCAACCCAGCUUCCUGGUGCCUGCUGCCCCAGCUGUGAGAGCUGCACGUAUCAUGGCCAAAUGUAUGCCAAUGGGCAGAACUUCACAGAUGCAGACAGCCCUUGCCACACCUGCCGCUGUGAGGAUGGGACCGUGACGUGCUCCUUGAUCGACUGCCCUCCCACAACCUGUGCCAGGCCCCAGAGCGGACCCGGCCAGUGCUGCCCCAGGUGCCCAGACUGCAACCUGGAGAAAGAAGUAUUUGUGCAUGGCGAGAGCUUCUCCCACCCCGGAGACCCCUGCCAGGAAUGCCAGUGCCGCGAAGGCCACGCCCACUGCCGACCUCGGGCCUGCCCCAGGGCCUCCUGUGCCCACCCGCUGCCUGGUGUCUGUUGCCAGAACAACUGCAAUGGCUGCGCCUUUGGUGGGAAAGAGUAUCCCAAUGGAGCAGAUUUCCCACCCUCUGACCCCUGCCGCCUGUGUCGCUGUCUGAACGGCAACGUGCAGUGCCUGGCCCGCGCUGCCCACCCGUGCCCUGUCCAGAGCCCACCCUGCUGCCCGGGAGAGUGCUGCCCGCAGUGCCCCGCCACCUUUUCUGAUUGCCCUCGGCCCGGGGGCGAGGUCCCCGCCCGCCACCAGGAGCACUUCUCCCCGCCCGACGACCCCUGCCGCCGCUGCCUCUGUCUGGAUGGCUCCUUGUCCUGCCAGCGGCUGCCCUGCCCGCCCGCGCCCUGCGCCCACCCGCGCCAGGGGCCCUGCUGCCCUUCCUGCGACGGGUGCCUGUACCAGGGGAAGGAGUUCGCCAGCGGGGAUCGCUUCCCUUCACCCACUGCCCCGUGUCACGUCUGCCUCUGCUGGGAGGGCAGCGUUAGCUGCGAGACCAGGGCCUGUGCCCCUGCACGGUGCCCCUUCCCUGCCAGGGGUGACUGCUGUCCUACCUGUGACGGCUGUGAGUACCUAGGGGAGUCCUACCUGAGCAGCCAGGAGUUUCCGGAUCCCCGAGAGCCCUGCAAUCUGUGUACCUGCCUUGGAGGCUUUGUGACCUGCAGCCGCCGGCCCUGUGAGCCUCUGGGCUGCAGCCACCCACUCACCCUGUCUGGGCACUGCUGCCCGACCUGCCAGGGAUGCCUCUAUCAUGGGGUCACUGCUGCCCCUGGAGAGACCCUUCCGGACCCACUUGACCCCACCUGCUCCCUCUGCACCUGCCAGGAAGGUUCCAUGCGCUGCCAGAAGAAGCCGUGUCUUCCAGCUCUCUGCCCUCACCCCUCUCCAGGCCCCUGCUUCUGCCCUGUUUGCCACAACUGCCUCUCCCAGGGCCGGGAGCACCAGGACGGGGAGGAGUUUGAGGGGCCCACAGGCAGCUGUGAGCGGUGUCGCUGUCAGGCCGGCCGGGUCAGCUGUGUGCGCCUGCAGUGCCCGGCCCUGCCCUGCCCGCUCCAGGUCACAGAGCCAGGGAGCUGCUGCCCUCACUGCAGAGGCUGCCUGGUUCAUGGGGAGGAGCAUCCUGACGGCAGUAGCUGGGAGCCUCCCGACAGCCCCUGCUCCUCCUGCACGUGUCACGAGGGUGUCAUCACCUGUGCCCGUGUCCAGUGUGUCACCUCCUGUGCCCAGCCCCUCCAGGGUCCUAGUGACUGCUGCCCUCGAUGUUCUGACUGUGAGCACGAGGGUCGGAAGUAUGAGCCUGGGGAGAGCUUCCAGCCUGGGGCAGACCCCUGUGAAGUGUGCAUCUGUGAGCUGCAACCUGAAGGGCCUCCCAGCCUUCGCUGUCACCGCCAGCAGUGUCCCAGCCUGGUGGGCUGCCCUGUCAGCCAGCUCCUGCCCCCUGGGCCCCAGCGCUGCUGCCCCACCUGUGCCCAGGCGCUGAGUCACUGCACGGAGGGCCUGCUGGGGUCUGAGAUGGCCUCACCAGACCCCUGCUACACCUGCCGGUGCCAGGACCUGACUUGGCUCUGCACUCACCGGGCCUGUCCUGAACUCAGCUGUCCCUUGCUGGAGCGCCAUGCCCUCCCUGGGAGCUGCUGCCCCGUGUGCAGGGAAUGUGUGGUGGAGGCUGAGGGCAGGACAGUGGCAGAUGGAGAGAGCUGGCGGGACCCCAGCAACGCCUGUAUCACUUGCACCUGCCGUCGGGGCCACGUGGAAUGCCGCCUCGAGGAGUGCCAGGCUCUCUCCUGUCCCCACGGCUGGACGAAGGUGCGGGAGGCUGGCAGGUGCUGUGAGAGAUGCCAAGCCCCCGCCGAGUCGUGCGCGCACCAGGGCCGGCAGGUGGCCUCCGGGGAGCGCUGGGCAGUGGACGCCUGCACCAGUUGCUCCUGCGUGGCCGGCACCGUGCUGGCCAAGGACUGUCGUGGGGGGAACUUCAGCGUGCACGUGACCAAUGAUAACCGGGGCCGGAGCGGCGUGGCCUGGACCCAGGAGGUGGCCGUGCUGCUGGGAGACGUAGCCGCGCGGCUGCUGCAGGGCGGGGCGGUCACGGUGGAUGGGAGCCCGGUGGAUCUGCCCUUUCUCCAGGAGCCUCUGCUGUACGUGGAGCUUCGGGGACGCACGGUGAUCCUGCACGCUCAGCCAGGGCUCCAGGUGCUGUGGGAUGGGCAGUCCCAGGUGGAGGUGAGAGUGCCUGGCUCCUACCGGGGCCAGAUUUGUGGGCUCUGUGGCAACUUCAAUGGCUUUGCCCAGGAUGAUCUACGGAACCCUGAAGGGCUGCUCCUGUCUACUGAGGCUGCAUUUGGGAAUAGCUGGCAGGUCCCAGAGGGGUCAGGACCUGGGCGGCCCUGUUCUAAGGGCCGCGAGGUGGAUCCAUGCCGGGCAGCUGGGUACCGUGCCAGGCGUGAGGCCAAUGCCCGGUGUGGGGUGUUGAAGUCCUCCCCGUUCAGUCGCUGCCAUGCUGUGGUGCCACCAGAGCCGUUCUUUGCUGCCUGUGUGUAUGACCUUUGUGCUUGUGGCCCUGGCUCCUCGGGUGACACCUGCCUCUGUGACGCCCUGGAAGCCUAUGCCAGCCACUGUCGCCAGGCUGGAGUGACGCCUGCUUGGCGGGGCCCCACGCUCUGUGUGGUGGGAUGCCCCCUGGACCGUGGCUUCGUGUUUGAUGAAUGUGGCCCACCCUGUCCCCGCACCUGCUUCAACCAGCACAUUCCCCUCAGGGAGCUGGCAGCCCACUGUGUGAGGCCCUGUGUUCCGGGCUGCCAGUGCCCUGCAGGCCUGGUGGAGCAUGAAGCCCACUGUAUCUCACCGGAGGCCUGCCCCCAAGUCCUACUCACUGGGGACCAGCCACCCAGCGCUCUGUUUGGCCCAAGCCGGGAGCCCCAGGGGCCACCCUGAGCCAGGAUGACACUACCAGGACUCCUCAGGCCAGAAGUCUCCCCUUGGCAAGCAGCUCCCACCCUGCCUGGGCACUCAGAGCCCAGGCCCAGGGCCCACAGAGACCCCAGCUGUGUUGAGUUGGAGCAGUAAACUUGGGGCCUCCCCUAA